CACAGCCACGCAGGUGCCCACCUUUCCUCGGCCUCCAGCUGCAGCCGCCCCACAAUGGAGACACCGGUCCAGAUCUUCCGUGGGGAGCCAGGCCCCACCUGCGCCCCCAGCGCCUGCCUGCUCCCCAACAGCAGCGCUUGGUUCCCCGGCUGGGCCGAGUCAGGCAACGGCAGCGCCGGCUCCGAGGAAGCUCAGCUGGAGCCCGCGCACAUCUCCCCCGCCAUCCCCGUCAUCAUCACCGCGGUCUACUCUGUGGUGUUCGUCGUGGGCUUGGUGGGCAACUCGCUGGUGAUGUUCGUGAUCAUCCGAUACACAAAGAUGAAGACAGCGACCAACAUCUAUAUAUUUAACCUGGCUUUGGCGGAUGCUUUAGUUACUACCACCAUGCCCUUCCAGAGCACUGUUUAUCUCAUGAAUUCUUGGCCAUUUGGGGAUGUGCUGUGCAAGAUAGUCAUUUCCAUUGACUACUACAACAUGUUUACCAGCAUAUUCACUCUGACCAUGAUGAGUGUGGACCGCUACAUAGCUGUGUGCCACCCUGUGAAGGCUUUGGAUUUCCGCACACCCUUGAAGGCAAAGAUCAUCAAUAUCUGUAUUUGGCUCCUGUCAUCUUCUGUUGGCAUAUCUGCAAUAGUCCUUGGAGGUACCAAAGUCAGGGAAGAUGUGGAUGUCAUCGAGUGCUCCUUGCAGUUCCCCGAUGAUGACUACUCCUGGUGGGACCUUUUCAUGAAGAUCUGCGUUUUCGUCUUUGCCUUUGUGAUCCCCGUCCUCAUAAUCAUUGUCUGCUACACCCUGAUGAUUCUGCGCCUGAAGAGUGUACGACUCCUUUCCGGCUCCCGAGAGAAAGACCGAAACCUGCGCCGGAUCACCAGGCUUGUCCUGGUGGUGGUGGCCGUCUUCAUCAUCUGUUGGACCCCCAUUCACAUUUUCAUCCUGGUGGAGGCUCUGGGUAGCACUUCCCACAGCACAGCCGCCCUCUCCAGCUAUUACUUUUGCAUUGCCUUGGGUUACACCAACAGCAGCCUGAACCCCAUCCUCUAUGCCUUUCUUGAUGAAAACUUCAAGAGGUGCUUUAGAGACUUCUGCUUUCCCAUCAAGAUGAGGAUGGAGCGUCAGAGCACGAGCAGAGUCAGGAAUACAGUCCAGGACCCCACUUACAUGAGGGAUGUGGAGGGGAUGAAUAAGCCAGUAUGACUAGUCGUGGAGAUGUCUUCCUACGGUUCUCCAGGAAGAGAAGAGUUCAACGAUCUAGGAUUUACCCAGAUUACGACUGCAGUCUGAGAGGA